AUGACUGCGAAGGAUGAGGCUAUAUUGGAUGAUGGUAGGACAGCUAUAACUACUUCAAACAAAGUCGAGGCAGAAACAACUUUAAACAAAAAGAAAAUUGGAGGAAAGGAAAAAGAAGAAAUGGCUAAGAUUGUGCUCCGUCGUCUUCCUCCAGGGAUGUCAAAAGACGAGCUUUUUGCUCAACUUCAACCUUUUCAAUCAGAACCUUGUGCUUUUUGGUUUUGUCCCGCUGAUAUGGAAAUGAAGCCACACGCAUUCUCGCGUGCUUAUUUAGUUUUUCAUGAGGAAAAAGAUGCUGUACAAUUUUCUGAACGUUUUAAUGGCUAUGUUUUUGUUGAUAAAUUAGAAGCUCAAUAUCUCAAAUUUCUCGAUCAAUACAAUCAGACUUUGAAUGCUGGCACCAAAAAAGUUAUUGACUUUGAUGUACUUGUUCGUCAAUUAGAAGAGAAGCAACGUCGACAGGAAGAGGGAAUGAUACAAGAAACGCCUUUAACUGAAUAUAUUAAUAAACUUUCAAAUGAAAAGGGACGAAAAAAGCAACAAAAAUUGGUUGAACGAAUUGAAAAGAAGCAACUUUUAAUUGGCAGUUCAUUCUCAAAUUCACGCGAAACAACACCUGAUAUUAAUUUAAAUUCUGAUAAAAAUAUAAAAAAACAAAAAUCAGAAAAGAAAAAUUUAAAAGAAAUUAAAGGAAAAAAUGAAAUUGUUGGUGAAGUAAAGAAGAGAAGUAAAAAUAAUGAAGCAACUAUUAAUGCUGAUAUAGAAAUUGUUGGAGUUGGUAGAGGGAGUCAACAACAGUUGAGGAAAACGGGAAAGGAACGUCGCGAGUCUGGAGGGAAAAAUAAACUUGAUAAUCAAAAUAUUGAAAAGAAGGAAAAAACUAAUGAAUUGAAAACAAAAGUUGAUGAGAUGACCAAAAAAGAUGUGGAAAAGAAAAAUGUUGUCGAAAAUCAAAAUAUUAUUUCUAAAAAUUAUUCAAAACAAUUAAAAGAAGAUAAUUUGGAAACAAAACAAAAAGAGACAAAAACUGAAGAAAUUGAUGAUAAAAUAGAAAAUCAAGUUCAAAAUAAAGAGAAAGAAAAGAAACAAUUAUCUACUUCAACACGUGUUAGGGCAAAAGAUCGUCCUGAACGUGAAAUUUACCGUCCUCCUGGUGGAAAAUCUUUAUCUUCAAAAUCUUCAACAUCAAAACAAUCUACCAAUAAAACAACUGUUGCAGAUAAAUUUAAGAAACAAAAUUGAAAAGAAAAAUUUUUUGGGAUUAAAAAGAGGAUUGUGAAAUAAUUAAAAAAUGAAUAUACUUGAUUUGGAAAUGAGUUUUUAAAAUGGAAAAGGAGAAAAAGAAAUUGACAACAUUUUUUAAAUUUUUUAUUAUUUAAACAACA